CUCAAAGUAGCUGAAGAAGCGAAAAACAGCCUCUCUCUGCCGCAACUCCAAUGGCGUUAUCGUCUCUUGUGCCGGCGUUAUCUUCUACGCCGCCAUGUACGGCGGCGAUGUUAAACUGCUCCGGUUCUGUAUCCUCAACAUCGUCGUCGCCGUCGUGUAUUGGCCUCUUAACUUGCUCAUUCUCUCAGCCGCCACACACCGUUGCUUUAAUGCCGUUUUUGAGACCGACAUCUCUGUGUUAUUCUAGAUCUAGAAGGAGUUCACAGAUAGUGCGUAUGGCACCGGAAGAAGAGAAGAAGACUCAACGUUCACCUCUGGACUUCCCUAUCGAAUGGGAAAGACCCAAGCCCGGACGAAGAGCAGAUAUAUUUCCUCAAUUCAGUCCCAUGAAAACUCCCUUGCCACCUCCUAUGCCGGGUGAUCCUCCAGAAGAGGAGGAGGAAGAAGAAGAAAAGAAAGAGGAAGAGGGAGAAGAAGACGAAGAGAAAGAGAAGGAAGAAGAGAAAGAGAAAGACCCUGACAAAGACAAUCCUAUUAAACCCCCUGCCGAUUUCAUUCCAACAAAAUAACGAGGUAGACUCGCGCUUUGCUCUUGUUAACUUAUAUUACAUUGGUCUAGGUCAUGAUCUACAUAGAAUCAAUGAUCGCGAAGAGUACUCAAAUUGAAAAUUUUGUAAUACAGUCAAUACUCUUUAGACAAUCUGUAGUGUGAUGUAAUAUUUUGUUUCAACAAGAUUCAUAUUUACUAUUCUUAGCCUACUAGUUGCAUCAAUGUAGCACUUAUCGAUAUUGUACAUUGUUUUGAUGGGGAAAAGUACAAUAAUACUCAA